AUGGAACCAAAGGCAGUGGAUCGUGUCCGAUACCCAGUAACACUCAAGGAACCACCAACAGAGGGGAUCACAGUUCCAUCUGCCCACACCUACACCUACACCAACCCCCUUCCCAAGCGCCCCCGUGCCCAGUCCGAGAAACAUUCUUCCACGGGAGACAUCUACGAAUAUUCCAUAUCCACCGGUGCGGAACCAUACGAAAGUACGAGGGCUCCCAGUCACUCGUGCACGGACGACUGGCAGGACGAGCGGACAGAGCUUGCCUGUCGCGUAUAUCACUGGAAGACGAACACUGCGAACCGCUACAACGAUGCUUCAAAAUUCAGCUUCAUGGCUCCUUCGAACCUCGAGAAUGACUUCAAACUCGGCAGCGCUGGCGGCUGUCAAUCCAAGACGCUCCCCAGUAGCCAAGAGAAUACGGACAGCACCAUCGCUGUGGACGCCCAGCACAAGCUUAUAGCGGACCCUGAAGAACACCUCCCAGCUUGGUCUCCGAUACUGCCCGAGCCCAAUUCCAAGAGUAUGAGCAUGAGCAGCAAGCGGCACUCGUUUUGCGGCUCGCCAAAAGAGUACAUGUCGCUCGAGGCGAUGAGGAGCGUGAUGAAACGCAUGGGUGGGCUUGGGCAGGUUCUCAAACGCCCUUACAUGGUGAACGGGCCGGGUUGA